AUGGUCAUGCGCCCGGAACCGCCUGUUGCAAGUCCACAGAACGGAGCAAGGGUGCAGGAGUCGCGAAUCUCGCAGAGGUGCUUGAGCCAGCGCCUCUGCACACAGGUGCUAACACACGAUGUGACCGUCAGGCCUUGGCAACUGCAACUUGCACUGUGCCUCUGUGGUGCCAGCAGAAGCUCCAUUGCUCGGUUUGAUGUGCGAAGUGAUAGAUCCGAUAGGUGUUUGGAAGUGGAUUGGUCUUCCAGCCAACUGCUCAGUGGCAGCUCUGACGGGCUGGUGCGCCUGUGGCACUGGAGUUCAGAGGAGCUCAUGCUAUUCUGCGACGUUCGGACGUUCAAGAGUUCGAAGGUCACACUGGAGGCAGGGCUGGCUGAUCUUGCGGUUCGGCCUGUCCGACGCGUCCGCUCCAUGUGCUUCCAUGGCUUCGACAAAGGCGUGACAUGUUUAAGUGUCGACUGGUCCGGCCUGGCGAUUACCGGAAGCCGGGGGCUGAGCCAGACAAUGCCGAGGGAGCAUUGGCAUGGAGGGCAUUUCUUGGCGCAGCGAUUUCUGCGAGGUGCGGACAACUCUUUGCGCAUUUGGGAUUUGAAGGCGGAGGACGAUGCUUCAGACUCCACAUUGUUCCAAGUCGGCGAGGUGCAGGAAGUGGCUGUGCAGUCAGGGUGCUUUGCCUUGCGAUGGGCUGCGGGCCUGGGUCUCUCCAAGGCAAGGCCUCAGUGUCCCAAACUGGUGUCAGACUGCUACGUUGCUGAUCACGCAGAAGGGCAACUGGUCUGGAAUGAAGACCUCUUGAAUGUCAUGGUGCUGGGCUGGGAGCUGGAGACGUCAAGCCUGAGACGUCAGAUGAAGAGCAUGCCGGAGCACGUCAUCAUCCAAGACUUCUUCGACGACAACGGUGUCUCCUUUAAGGACUCGCCUCCCAAUUGGGCUAUUCUGGCAGCUCUCCGCCGUCCACUCUCAAGGAGUGACAAAACGGACCAGAAGCACGGCUCCCUAUCGACGCGGCAGCAGCUAAUGAACUCCCAAGCAGCCGUGGAGAACGCACGAAAACGUGCUCAAUAUCAGAGACAGGCAAGCUUGCACAUUCAGAAGGUUACCAACAAUCGCGCCAUUGAUAUACAGGCGUUGCGACACUUCCACCUCUUUUUCCUCCCUCUAGGCUACGUGCCCAGCUCGCCAGUGUUCAAGCAGCACCUCAGCAUCGCCUACAUCGAAGAUGCGAAGGGGGAGGAGCAGACCGACGCCUCAGAAUCCGAGGACCAAGCCCUCACCACCAAAGGGCCAGGGAGUGCCAUGAACAACGAGCAGAGAGCUUUGCUGCUUGCAGUCUUUCGCAAGUCCAUCAAGAAGGUGACAGCGAAGGGAGGGAAAGCGGCACUGAUGAACAGGUGGACGUGGUUCCGGUUUUUGAUUCACUGCGACUUGAUCGGACCGGCUGAUUCAUGGGAUCACCGCAAAGCAGAGGAGUUGAAAGUCCCGUGGGUGCUUGCCGGGAAGAUCUUCAAGCUUUGUCAAGAGGCGAACUCGAAUCCCCCGGCGCUCUCCUUCGGGAGCUGGGCGAAUGCGCUGCAAGCCGUGCUCCGCUCCAGUGGCCUCUACGCCAAAGGCCCGGAGAUCGUGGAAGCCAUCUUCAAAGUCUUCCUCCCCCGGGCGCAAGAGCAGCUCGGGAUCACCGACGACGAUGCGCAGAAGACGAUCACGAAAGCCGUACAAGGAGAGCGCAAGAAGUCGAUGCAUGGCAGUCAACGGGCCAUGUCAAUGUCGCGGUCGAUGUCUAGGAAUAUGUCGCGCAGUGCCUCGCGGGCCCUGAGCUUCUUCAGCGCCGCUGGCUCCACGAUUGGCGAUGAUGCGAGUGAGGCGGGCGAUCCUCCUGACAGCAAGCUGCCACAGAGCUGGCAACUGAAUUUGGCGGAACAGCAGAUGUGCGAGCCAGAGUGUUUGCAACUGCUACACGAGUACAAGGCACUCUUGCAGGCACUGUUCCAGCACUACGUGCAAGAGGAUUUCAGUGAUCCUGAGAACGAGCCGUUGAUGGGCCCGGUCCUGUUCCAGAAGUUAUUGAAAGACCUCCAAUUCUUGCCGGACUUCGUGCAGACCUUCGCCCUCGAGAAACACAUGCAGGAGUGCGAGACCAGGUACGGCCAGGAGUCCCUGAACUUCAAUGCCUUUGUGGAGUGCCUUUGCCGAUUGUGCUUCUGUCAUCUGAACAUCUAUGGCAGCAGUAUGCAGCAACUGGCACCUUCCAAGCAGAAGAUGCUUUGGUUAAUGGCCAUGCUGGAAGCUCGCCUGCCCCCUGAGCUCGGAGGACGACCUGAAGGAGACCAGUCACCCAGAGGCCCGGACUGUCUCUGGCACCGCAGGAAUGACACUUUCGACAUCUCCGCUUGUCCGCAAGAAACCAUCAUCUUCUUCAAGACUAUGGGUGGGGUGCCCAAACCCCGGACUGAGCUGAACUUCGAGAGGCUACAGAGCUGUGAUGCGGACGACAUUUUCCCGCAGAGCCCGUUUCGACGGUGA